ACAUAAAUAUGAACAGUAAAUGGGUACGAAUAAAUGGAGACAGUAGGACAGGGAUGGUCUUUGAACAGUGAACGCAUACUUAAAUGUGAGGUGCGUGUAAGUGCGCUCUCCCUAUGAAAAAUCUUUAAAAAACACCCCAGAAAUUUAGUCGAGCUAUAAACGGACAACCUAAUUUCUCUGGAAAAAGAAAAAAAGAUGUUCUUGCAAUUGAUAAUGCAAUGCAACAUAGUUGUGUGGGUGUAGGUGCGUUUAGCUUUUAAAUAAAUGAAAAUGCUCUGCCACUUUCAAUGACUCCGAUCAGGCUGAGGACAUCAGCCCCUUAUGCUGGCGGAAGUUGUGGUUUUAUUUCUCUAUUUACAUGGAAAAGUGAAAGCCGAGCGUAGGUCUCGAGCACAACAACGACGCGUACUUUAAACUUAAACCUUCCGAAGCUCCUUCUGUGUUACCCUGCAAAUGCAAAGUGGACGGUAAUGAUGGAAACUACGGACGCAUUCUUUUCUUUUUUUUAACCUUCCUGCAACUUUGCAUUGUUGCCUGCCGGCAGAAGAGGGGGCAAGCACCUUGGCGCCCAGGUGCCGUCCAAGUCUUCCCUGUUUCCUAUGGGCAAUUCUCUUUCUUUCUCUUGGGCAAUAUUAAACGCCAUGUUUAAAAAUCCAUGUCCAAAAUCACCCCGGAAGUGGGGCACUGUGGGUGGAUCUACUACACCCCAGAAGUCUACGCCUCCGCUCGCGUUGCUUUCAUCUCCCUCAAGCGGGGAACACUUGAGCGGCGCCGAACGGCACGCGGACUUUUUCGCUCGCGCUCCGCUUCCCCAGCUCGACGCCUGCUGACGGCGCGCGCGCACACGCCCUGAACCGCGAACGAAGCGCGCGCCCGUCGUUUUUAGCCGCCCGCUUUCGUUCGGCGCUCAGGCCUUAACUGGGGAGUGGGUGUGUGUGUGGAAGAAGACACACAACAUGGCGCUUGUGCCCGGGCAGGUGCUGCGGGUCGCCAUCCUCCUCUCCUAUUUUUCCAUCCUGUGCAAUUACAAAGCCAUUGACAUGCCAGCGCACCAGACCUAUGGAGGCAGCUGGAAAUUUCUGACCUUCAUUAACCUGGUUGUUCAAGCAGUCUUUUUUGGGAUCUGUGUACUGACUGACCUUUCCAGCCUUCUGACUAAAGGGAAUGACAGCCAAGAACAAGAAAGGCAACUAAGAAAACUCAUCUCCCUCCGUGACUGGAUGAUGGCUGUCUUAGCUUUUCCCAUUGGGGUUUUUGUUGUGCUAAUGUUUUGGAGCAUCUAUAUCUAUGACAGAGAACUUGUUUACCCCAAACUCCUUGAUAAUUUUAUACCAACUUGGCUGAAUCAUGGAAUGCAUACAACUGUUUUACCCUUUAUAUUAAUUGAGAUGCGAACGACCCAUCAUGAAUAUCCCAGCAGGACCUAUGGACUGAUUGCUGUGUGUACUUUUUCAGUUUGCUACAUAUUAUGGGUCUGUUGGAUAUAUCAUGUGACUGGGGUUUGGGUAUAUCCUCUCCUGGAUUUCCUUGGUUCAACUGCUAAAAUUAUCUUCUUUGCCACUGUAACGGUAGUAAUAAACAUCUUUUACUUGCUGGGUGAAAUACUAAACAACUGCAUAUGGGAUACACAAAAAUGCCAGAUUUGAUUCACAAGCCUGGAUGCUAGGAUUUUGAACACUGGAUCCAUCAGCAAUGAAAUAUUUUUCAACAAAGCUUAGAUGACCGUUUUAUAAAAAGCAAAUAAAAUUGUGGAUAUUUAAACCACUCGGUGGAAAAUAUUCUUCCAGCAGCAAAGGAAACAGAAGACUAGAAAUUGGCACAACCGUAGUAGCCAAAUCUAAACUGUGUUCUUAGAGCCAUGCUGUUGUUUGUUUUCUUAAACCUUUGACUGCAAUUUGAUUGUUUUGAGUUUGUCAACAAUACGCAGCUCACUGUAUUUAAACUAUUGGUUUUAACCAACCUCAAUUGUUUUCUUAUUAUGUAUUUCAUUACUAUCAGAUUCCCUUGCAUGCCUGCUAUAAUCAAAACCAGAAUAUGAACAUCUUUAAAAAGAGUCCAUAGUUACUUAGAAUUUUAAGGUAGCCAGCUUUCCACACCUAGCAAUUAAAAGGGUAAAGAAAUGGUCACAUUUCCUUGCAUAUUAUGGUAUAACAAUGGCAGCCUCCAGAUCAGUGGUUCAACCUGUGUUUUGGGACCCCUUUGAGGGUCGAACAACCCUUUCACAGGGGUCGCCUAAGACCAUGAA